UAUUCACUUCUCCCUUGCUCCUCUCCUGCUUCCCAUCCUUCUUCAUCCCCUUCUCCCAACAGCCAUCUCUUCCCUUUCUCCCCCUCUUCUUGUCCUUUUUAAACCAUUUCUCCUUCUCUCUAAAAAAAACCCCUCCACCCCUCCCUCAGCCCGACCUCCACCCCCCCAUAAAGGAGCACACUCUCCUCCCCUGACCCUCCACUGGGCUUCUACGCGCCGUACUUAAAGCGCUCCACUCUCAUGUCGGCGUCCAGAGCGCACGGACGGAGUGAACGAGGAGGACAGACCGUCCAUGUUCAGUCCCGGACUAACAGCCUUUCCUCUCUUCGUUUCCGCUGUUGAGCAUAUUUCUUUACACACGUGACACACGGACGAACGGGUUCCGUUGGUCCAAAGUGGCAGCAGCUUGAAAGCCCGUGCCAGAGAGAGAGAGAGAGGGGCGCGCGCGGAGAGGAGGUUGUUGGUACGGACGCGCGAGGAUCCAGAGGAUGGGGACUGUCGUCUUCAGACACCAGGCUCGCCUCUGAAUUUCGCAUUAAUAUCUGUCUUUCUGAUGGCAACCAGGAGCCGCGUGAGUGUCUCCGUGAUGUCCGCGCGGACAGAAGGCAGCCAGCCGGGGUCUGUGAGCGCUGCCGGGGCCCGGGUUCCGAGCUAACCGACCCGGAGACACAGAGACGGAGAGGACCUUUUUCUUUUACAGCAAUGCCUUGCUGGCGGAGCUUUCUGCGUGGCUCUGGAAACCAAAUCAAAACCAACCACUGCUGGUUGGCGUAAAACGCAUCAUUACCGGUGCGCCAGCGCAGGGAUGUCGCCGCAGACACCAGAUUUACCCGGCGGUGACAGGCUCAGCGCUGUGUGGACGUUCAUUUACAGGCUGUGUGUGUGUGUGUGUGUGUGUAAAAUGCUCCUACUGGUUGAACACAUAUGAUCGGACAUGGAGGCCGUCAGCGCAGUCAACGCCACACAGGACGACCCUGGCAACCCCGCUUACCAUGACUACGACCCAGAUGGCGGCGCUAACCCCCCGGCGCUGCCCACGCUGAUGUUCGAGGGAGUGACUUUUCAGGAGGACCCCAUUAAACUGCUGAGUGUACAGGUGGUGUUGAUUUUGGCCUACAGCACCAUUAUCGUGCUGGGGGUUCUGGGUAAUUCUCUGGUCAUCUACGUCAUCUACCGCUUCAAGACGCUCCGCACUGUCACCAACUUCUUCAUCGCCAACCUAGCUGUUGCCGACCUGCUGGUGAACACGCUGUGCCUGCCCUUCACCCUCGUCUACACGCUGCAGGGGGAGUGGAAGUUCGGCAGCACCCUCUGCUUCCUGCUGCCCUACGCCCAGGGGCUCGCCGUGCACGUCUCCACGGUGACGCUCAACGUCAUCGCCCUGGACCGCCACAGGUGUAUCGUGUACCACCUGGAGACCAGGAUGCGUAAGGACGUGUGUUUCGGGGUGAUAGCGUUGACCUGGGUGCUGAGCGCCGUGCUCGCCAGCCCUCUGGCCAUCUUCAGAGAGUACGGCUCCUUUACCCUGGAGCCUGGACACACCAUACAGGUGUGUACGGAGAAGUGGCCCGGUAAAAACACAGACGGCACCGUCUACAGCAUCUCUAUGUUGAUCCUGCAGUACUUCCUGCCGCUGUCCAUCAUCUCCUUCGCCUACGCCCGCAUCUGGUCCAAACUGCGCGGCCACGUCAGCCCGGCGGAGAGCGUCGGCAGCAGCAGCGCCGGCUCUGAGCGCCACCGCCGGCGCCGCAAGACCACCAAGAUGCUGGUGACCAUGGUGGUGGUGUUCGCCGUCAGCUGGCUGCCCUUCCACGCCUUCCAGCUGGCCACGGACAUCGACAGCACGGUGCUGGACAUGCGUGACUUCCGCCUGCUCUACACCGUCUUCCACGUGGUCGCCAUGUGCUCCACUUUCGCCAACCCGCUGCUGUAUGGCUGGAUGAACCGCAACUACCGCGCCGCCUUCCUCGCCGUCUUCAAGUGUCGCAAGGGAGGGGAGAGGGGGAGGAGUGGCCGGCUGGACAGCAUUCACCCCGUUGGAGGAGGAGGAGGAGGAGGAGGGAGGGCGAAGAAGAUAGUGCUUGAAACCCAGGAUGUGGUGUCCACCCACUUGAACGCCACUGAUGUGUGAGAGCCUGAGGGUGAAGAGGGUGAUGGAGGAGAAGGGGGAGAGAUGACAGAGGAAGAGGCAGGAAGGAAAUGCGGAUCAUUGUCAGGAAAUCUUUUGUUCCCCAAAAGACAAUAGGCACGAGAAGAAAACGAGAUUCCACAUGGAGACAGAAACAGAGGGGAGAUAAAGAUGUGAGAGAAAAUAGAAAUGACAGAGUGAGAGGAAGGCGACGGGGGGAUUAAAGAGUUUUUGGAAGCCCAAAAUAGAGGAGGAGGCGUCGACGAGCAGGGAUUAGAAGAAAAAGAAUGACAGGAGAGGAGAGGAACUGCUGAAUGACUCAAGGGCUCUUCGACCGAUUCAGGCGCCGUUGCUUUGGGGACGUGACCUCAUCGUGACGGAGGGCCCCGGCACUUCGAGGAGGGAACUUUUGGGAGGGAAUCGUUCAAUUCAACUUUGUACGAAGGAUUUGUGACACUGACAAAGUGGAAAACUUUGUUCUGAAAAGAGACCAAGAGUACGCCAGAAUAAAAACAAGUUGCUUUGAUUUUUUUGAUUUUCAGACGAAGAAAACCUUGGACUUUAAUGCAGAUCUUGUCAAAAUAGGGCUUUACUCCAUCUUCCUUCUACAUGUGAAGCAUCUAGCUGGUACAUUUAACCCAGAGUGGCUUACAAGGGGGGCGCAAGGACGCAUGAGCAGGUUCCGGGGAUUGAACCUGCGAAACUUCGGCAGCAGCUUCCUUUACUGCAAGGGAUGUGAACUGACUGUUCACAUGUUUUCCGAAAGCGUACGAAAUCGAAGGGCGCUGGGAACCGUGCAAACAGAAUUUGUCAGGUGAAAGAAAAACCAAAAGAAUCACGGAGGACGAUGAUGCAUGAUGCAAGCUUUGUGAAAUCUCAAACAUUGUUACGUAAUGAAAAUGUGUGCUUAUUGCGGAUUAUCCUACGAAGAAAGCUGGAUGUAGGAGUGUAAAACAGAGGUGGACAAAUUGAGACAUUAUGAUUAAGAGGGGGAAAAAAGGGAGAAAGUGGUCAAAAUACAAAUUAUUCGGAUUAAAAGGGCAAUGCUUUGUUUUUCUUUUUUUUAGAAGAUGAAGGACAGAGAGCAAAGAACGAGAGACGAGGGCAGAAGGGGAAAAGCGAUGAGAGGAUCAGUGGGAGGAGGAAAAAUGAAAAACAGAGUGAAAUGUGGGAUAACGAGGCCAAAACAAAGACAGCAUGUCCUAAUGUCCUAGCAAGAGAGCGAUUUCAAACGAACAGGCUGCAAUUUAGUGUGACACAGCAGAGAAAAGAAGAUCCCUUCUUACAAGCAGACAGAUGAAUGUUUAAAAAAAGAAAAGCUCCAGUGAUUUAUUUCCAGACGAUUUUUUUCUUUUUGGUUAAUUUUCGCAGGUGUUGUAGCCAUCUAUCAGGUUUAAAGUGGGACAGAACGAGACCAGUUGAGUUUUCACACCUUUCAGCGUAUUUAAGCCACACCAGGACUUAGUUGUUAUUCUAAACUUGUGAUAUUAAUCUGAUUUAGUCAAGAGGUGAUUUGUUUAAUUUGGACGCCUGCACAGUUGGCUGACUCUGAAUACAUUUUGAGUUACGCUCCAACGUAAGCUUCAUUACAGACGUUAAUCAGCACCAGAUAAUAACAUAUGAAAAAAAGAGAUCAUUAAAAUACGAUUGUUCACGCUGAAAUAAAGCUCACAUUCAAUUUUUAAGGGGAUUUGGUACUGAGAGAGUCAUUACAAAUAGUGAAUAUUUUUAUUUAUUCACAUUCAUACAGCUGUUCACAUUCACACCUGCUGACCUGGGCUUUUUUGGCCCUGACCUUGCCCUCUCAGGCAGCUCUUACUUACUCAUUAUAGAGACUAGCGACUUAAGAGUACUCCAGUGAUUCAGUAUUACUCUCCUAUAACAUUGUCUUACUCAUGAUGGACAAGCAUCAGAAUCAUGGGCCGCCCUGGUAGCUCACCUGGUGGAGGGUGUGCCCCCCAUGUACAAGUCCUUACUGCAGCGGACCGGAUCCGAAUCUAGCCCAUGGCCCAAUGCUGCAUGUCGUCUCCUCUCUGCCACAUUUCUUGUCUCUCUUCAGUUGUUCCUAUCAAAUAAAUAAUCUGUCAGAGGUCAGAGGGAUCAUCUUCUUCCUCGACAAAACCUUCAUCUAGUCAAGUGACAUCACUUGAGGACGUUUAUCAGACUUCACACAGCUCCACCUGGAGACACUAAAGGAUUUAUACUUUUUUCACAUAUGUAGUUGUGCUCGGUGGAGUUUCCCUUUAAAGUCAGACAGAGACAAACCGCAAUGGCCGAUCAGAGGGACGGAAAGUCCUGAAAUCAAAGCAGGAACAGCAGGGAUGAAUUCACCUGGCUGUGUACAACAGCAAACGACCUCUGCCAAUCAAAAGGUUAACUGGUGGUUCUGCUUUUGUUUCCGCUGUUGUCCCAACAAGUGGCAAGCACCUGAACCUGCACUGAUUUCAGCUCAACACCGCAGAGAAGGGAGCUUCAACAUACAGGCCAUAUUCGUGUGUUUAGCUGCCUUGUUAUUUAUUUGUCCAUGUAAACUGUAGAUUGUGCAGUGUUGGGGGAGAGUACUAAUUUAUUUACGUUUCCCAGUAACGUUCAGGUAAACUGUGGUAUUUUCAAAAUCAAGUAACAUUUCCAGUAGUGACCUGUAAGUAGCAAAGUUUUAUUUUCUCUACACCGUCACAUCUCCGUCUUCUGAUUCAGGAGAGAAUCAAGCGCCGGCAGUUUUUUUAUAUAUAUAUUCUUUGAUGGCACGGAGCAGAGAGCACGGGACCGGCAGCUGACCUGCCCUGAAGGACGCAGCCGGCUCUGGAGAACUGGUCUGGAGUCAGCCUUGUUCACUGUCUGCUCCAUUCUGUGUUAAAUGACAGAAAGUCAACAUCAGAGCCACUGCUUCCACUGCUGUGUGUCCCCUGACUUGUACUACAUGCACUGUAAUAGCCGACCAAACGUUUGUACUGCCGUCGCCUUUUCAGUGACGUAUGACCAAAAUGUUCUGGAUUGUGCAACAUAGUGGAAAAACAACGCAGAACCAAGAACUUACAGGUUCCUAAAAGUUCAGGUUAUGGGUUGUUAAGUUCCCGCAGUGGAAAAGAGCUAUUAUUAGAUUAUUAUUAUGAGAAAGUGGUACCCAAAUUACAUUUCACUGCCACGAUUUCCACCUCUUCCAAGUCAUAUUGAUUUGCUUGAACUUCGCCCUUCACACUGCACGCCCAUCUCUCGCCCCCAUCAUGCCCCAUCAUGCCCCAGGUGCUGCCUGACAGGCUGAGCCCAUCAGCUGUCUGGUCUGGGAUAAUGUACAGGGCAGGAGAAGUUAGAGAUCGCAUGUCGAACAGUGCUGACUGCUGGAUAGGGGACAGUUAGGUUUCAGAUUUAAAGUGAAUAUACUACCCUGUAGGUUUCUUCCUACCAGUGACCAUAGCAACGCUCCACCAUCAGAUACUGUGGAGCAAACUCUCCUCCACCAGCUCGGCUGUGUUUUCACACACAUACACAAAAAAAAAAAAUCACACGGUUGGGUAUUAAUUUCCACGUUCCAAAUUAAAUUCAUUGUUCAAAAUGUUAUUACCAAAGAUGUUUCAUUAUGUGUUUAAACUUUAAUUGCCUAAUUGUAAUUGCAAUGCUCUGUUUCCCUCUGGCAGCGGCUGUGUCAACAUGUUAAUUUAGUGUAAACACAGCAGGCUGAAUAACGACCUGCAGACACUUUGCACAAUGUGAAUGAACAUUACAGCAGCUAUUAGUUAAAUACUGUUAAUAAACUGACAAAUAAGAAAACUGAUCUGAAAUAGCUGUGUGUGUGUGUCAAACACACACACACAGCGAUCAGAGGCGAUCAAAUACUCGGCAGAUAAAAUCCUUCAUUUUUUUUGGACUUAGCCUCUGUCCCUCUCUUGUCUUUUCCUCUUUAAAUCCCUCCAUCCUCUCUCUGAGCUGCGUCACUGCCUCGUCCUACCCGCAAUCCCACAAUCCCUCUGUUCCCUCCCACUGAACCUUACCAGCUGUUUAUCUCUGUCCUUGUUUCAUCUCCUCGGCUGUCUCCUCUCCGCUCUCUUUUCCUAUGAAUGCAUGCCUCAGAAAGCUGGAAUUGGUGUUGGACGAACAGAAUAUAAUUAUAAGAAAGUCUAUUUUAUUUUGUUAUGUCUGAGUGCAGAGUCACAAAAACUACGCCUGCUAAAUUUUACAAGCCUCUUAUGAAGGAUUUCAUUUCAAAACGGCUGAAACGUUGUCAUUAGUCGAUAUUUUACUCACACGCCUGACUGCACCUCAGACGGCACAGUUUUCUAACUCACAAUUUAAAUACGUUUAAUAGCGAACCAGAAAGUGCUUUAGUUCAAUAAAAGCAUUCUAAGUCAUAAUCCCUGGAUGGAAAUGGGAUGUUUUUACAGUUGACUUUGAACAGCAUUAUAUUUUAAGUGGAAGCAGGUCAUAUGGAGGCUCAGAAAGACAGUUUUACGUCAUCUGGUUUGCUCUAAAUCCCCAAAUAUAUCCCACAAUGCAAUGCAUGGGUACAUCAUCGUCCACUCUCGUCAAUUGGCUCUGGGACUGGGUUUGAGUUAUUUUGGGUUCUGAUCAUAAAAGUCCCAUGUACUUGAGCACUUCACUGGAUGUGCAUGAAACUCUCCUGGUGGAAUCAUCAGUACAAAACUAUCUAACAUCCGGUUCUUUGUUAAAAAAGUAAAUAGUACAAGCCUGUGGACAUAAAAACUGAAGGAAAGAAGUCACCUACGACUCCCACGGUGCAUUUUCGGUAAUAAAUAUCAGCUCACCCAGCUGUGCCAUUUUUAUGUAACUGUGGAGUUACUGUAAUUACCAGUUUCAAACGUCCAUAUAGCAAUUCACGUGAACAUCCGAGUCAUAAUUACAGCACGACUAGGACACUUUCUAAAAGCUCUGCUAUAUCCAGUAUGGCGCUUAAGAAUACAGUGCCUAAAAAGCAAAAAGAAACAUUGACGCCUCAUUCCUCAGUCCCUCAUUCAAGGUAAUUAAACCUUAAAAAUGUAAUGGAUAUAAUGCGACAUUGUCAGUGCACAGUAUUUUAACUCUCACACGACCAACUCUGCAAUUAUACAACCGUCUUGAGUUCACAGGUCUCGUGAACGCUCGCAUGCUGUACUGCUGCAGUCACACAGUACCGGCAGACAGUGGAAACCAGGAAAACCUCCCGUUAUUCCCACUGCUAGCCUUGUUGUCACAGCAGGUAAUCAGCACAAAUGUGCUACUUUUGUUUUGUUAUGUAUCAGUAGUGGUUUGUUAGAUCAGAUUACUGCUAGCGAAGGAGGCUUUGCAGCCAUUUAACCACCAGUUUGUUGACACUGUAGUUCCUUUUGACAACUGGGAGAUAUCAUAACUGUCAAAAGUUCCUGAUAUCUCCAGCUCUGAAUUACAACUCGGAGGCUGACAAGAGCAGUUUUAUUCCACUUGGCUGCUCGUAAUUAUAGUUUAAACAAUAUGACAUGAAUGCAGCACAAAAUCUACUCAACCAAGUCAGCUUUACUGAUACAGCCCAAAAUCCCAAAUCCCAAAUUUGUCUUUGGGCUUUACAACCUGUCCAGCAUAAGACUCCAGGACAGGAGAGUUUCAUGUCCAAACAGGCCUUGUGUAUGAGUAAACGAAUGUGACUUUUGCGUCUGGAACCCUGUACACCUGAAAUAACUCCCUGGGGAACCCAGUUUCCAGCUCUAUGGAGGCAGCUAAACUAAUAAAUAUAAAAAACAAACCUAAGCCUAAUAGUUAGCGAGCUUGCUAAUAAGCACAGUCCUAUAGGUUUAUGUUUUGGCCACCAGUGUUAAUUAUUUCAACGAGAAAUCGUUUGAGCAUGACGGAUGGCUCAAAAUAUUACAAUACCCACGAGCCUCACCCGUUGCUUUUUAAGCAGGGAGCGAUCUACAGGCGAGCCAGGCUGGCUUCCCUUAAUAACACAUGACCUCCCCUGAAAACACAAUUUGUGAAAUUUUUUUUUUGGGGGGGGGGGUCUCUAAAAUAUUGACAAUAUGCUGUUUUUGCCAUGCAUUUCUAUUUUUCUGUAUCUUCAUAAUCAUGGAUCAUGCGUAAAAUGAGGCUAUUGAUGUACGAUUCAUGCAUGAGAGUGAUUCAUCAUAAUUAACUCUAAUAAAGAUACCGGCAUGCAUGCUGUUCUUGUGAUCACCAUCGAAGCGUGGCGGCGUAAAAUCAUAAACUUCAUCAACUUUAACUCAAAGGUCAGGAAAAAACAGGCCUCUGUGGUCGCUUCUGUUUUAAGGUAAGGGCUAUUCCCAGUUAACGGCAGUAUUCACUGUUAGCACUGUAGCCUACUGUAUGUGACGGGGGUUGAUGAGGACUGGAUCUCUUGUAGGCAGGCUGGACUAUUUUUUUUGGUAUUUACAAUGCUCAUGCAUGUGUGUGUUGUUAAAGGCUGGUUUGUUGAUAGUGACCCUCGCAUUUGAUGUCUUAACUGUACCGAGAAAUUAUUGUGCUCAUCUGUAUGCGAUGGGUAACUUUAAGCGUUGUUUAUAGUCCAUCACUCUGCAGAGUGUACUGUGCCCUGCUGUAGCUGGCCGUAUUGUAUCAUACUUGUUUGAUUUUGAUACCUGUGUGGGAGGUUUGAUGUGGUUGAUUAUUAUAUAUUAGAUGACACAAUGCAAGUAGGCCUACAUAUUUGCAGCUAUGAAUGUUUCUUUGCAACAAGAGUCACAGUCAGUCCGCGAAAGUGCCCCCUCGGCCCCUUUAAAAACAAGCGAGCGCCCCCGAAAGCCAUGGUAUCCUUCGCACACACUGUAGAGAAGAAGCCAGUCAGAGACGCAAAUCAAAUCUAAAGCUUAGUCUUUGAAUUUGUGAACAAAAGACAACGUCAUAGUGUAUGAAUUCAUCCCAAUGUUUCUCCAAACUGUAAUCUUUAGCUUCUACUUGCCACGAGCAGCACACUUCACAGAUUUUUAUGCUAGGUGUUUGGAUGUUGCUAGUUGAAAAGCAGCUUGAGUCAAAUUCUUCCCCAACGUCUAUAUGUACCUUCGGCUUGUUUUUUUAAAUUAAAGGACCAGGUCAUUUCUAAUGCAGAAGUUAGAGUUUCAUACCCAUCCGAGCUGGAGAAGUGGUCCAACUUUGAGUCAUGUAACUUUAAUGUAACUUUAACUUCCGGAUCCAGGGCACACACAAGCAGGCUAACUUACCCGCUAGCUCACUCGCUAACCUGCUAAUUAGGUCCCUAGUGUCUACUAGCAAGUUAUAACGCUUGGAACUGACCAAAUUUGUUGGCAGAAAGGUAGUGAGUUACACAGCUAACUCACUAGCAAGCUAACCAGCACAGCAUUUAUUCCCAUCGACAAAAUUAAUAAUUUCAAUUGGCAUUUGAAAAUCUUGUGUAUGUGGACUCUCAGUUGUUAGAAACGUGAAUCAAGUUUGUGUCGCUAGCUAGCAACAAGCGAUUUGUCAUGACGUUCGUGAACUGUGCGAUACGCUAGCUCUCUGGGACAAGCUCGGAGGACCGAAAGUAAACAAGAUGGCGUCAAUCUGUCUUCAUGAUUUUCAGCUUGUUUUCUAUUAUUUGAAGAAAUUAAAUGAAGAGAUAUUUAGUUCCUCAUUGAUAAUGUUCUGAUGUAUUCUGACGAGGUUUGUGAUGGGAGGACACAGCUGCUUGACCUUUAUCAAACAUGAAUGUAAACUGCUUUGUAACAUGGCUGUAAUGUUGUUUAUCGUAUAAGUUUGUGUAAAUAUUGUGUGAAAGACUGUAACCUAGCACAAACUGUUGGUCUUUACCUGUGUCCAACAACAGAUGUACUAUUCUCAAGCACAAA